AUUUUCGUCGUCUCCGCGUCAAAGAGAUAAACGAAUGAAACAGACAGAUGCCGUUUAGUGAAAGCUGAAUGCUUCACCUGAAACUCUGCCACCGCUCCUCUCUUCUUCUUCUUCUUCAUUCAAUUCCUACAAAAAUCACAACAUAGUUGCAUCGAAUCCGAUAUCUGCGAUCUGGGCUCUUCAGUUCUCGAUCCAAAUCUCUCUCUCUCUCUCUCAGUAACCGAAUAAGGACACUGAGACCGGUUUGGUGUCGUGCUUUUUGUCGGCUCUGGGACAUUGUUAUUACUGGGUGAUGUCUUACAACAAUCCAAACCCAAAUCCAGAGAAUAUCUGCUCACCGACAACCGCCACGACCUCGCCGGAUGCAUUUCGGGAGCUGAAACUCUACCAAGCUUUCAUUUUUUCAGUGCCCAUCUGCUUCACACUCAUUAUCCUCUUCCUGUUUUACUUCAUCUACCUUCAUCGCCGCAGCGUGGAUUGGUCUUCUAUCGGAAUGCGGAGCAGUUUCAUCACCAGCAACCCUCUCUCCAUGGCUGAAUUAGGGCUGAGCAAAGAAGUGAGAGAGAUGCUCCCCAUUGUCGUCUACAAGGAGAGCUUCUCCGUCACGGAUUCACAAUGCUCGGUUUGCUUAGGGGACUACCAAGCAGAUGACAAGCUUCAACAAAUACCAGCAUGUGGGCACACAUUCCACAUGGACUGUAUCGACCAAUGGCUCACAACACACACUACUUGCCCUCUAUGCCGUCUCUCUCUUGUCCCCAAGUCCAGCCAGAGCCAGCCCCAUCACACGGAAGGCCCUGUUUCUGACACAGAGAAUUCUGAUAGAGCCUCUGCUCAACCAGAGCCUCAGCCAUCUGAAUCAGUAAACCACAGCAAUGUCGACCAAGAACGUGUGAGGGAUGAGACUGAGUGUAGCCGAGAUACAGAGGCCUUGAAAGAAAAGGACAAGGAUGAACAAGACAGCACAGGAACUUCGGAUGCUUGUUGUAAUCCCGGACAUUGUUAAAAGCUUUAGCCUUUCGAGAAUUUCGUGUAAAGGGUCUGCUACUUUUGUUGUUGUAACGUUAAUAGGAGCGAAUGGGAAUGGCAGCUUUGGAUAGGAA